AAAAAAAAAAACUGCUUUUUCAAUUCCGCCUUGUUUUGAUAUAAUAAAUGCUAUAGUCUCCAUAAUUUUCCCCUUCAGUUGGUUACGGUGUUGCGAGAUGGGUCUCUGCUGUGAUAUUUUUCUUACUAUUCUCUGUCCUCCUCUUGGUGUCUUCAUAAUGAGAGGUUGUGGCUCUGAUUUCUGGAUCAAUUUCUGUUUAUCUCUCUUUGGUUAUAUUCCUGGUCACAUCCAUGCUUUCUACCUUAUGGUUAGAGAAAACGAAGCAGGUCGAUACAAAGACCCAUACCAUGAUUCCGUUGCUCAACCAUAAUCAUUUGAAAACUUAC